CGCUCCUCCUGCGGCGCCACGUGGCUGCUGCGGGCGCCUGGCUCGGGUGCGGGGGCCUUGACUUGCUCGUUUGGCUCGUUUGGGGGCUGCCGACUGCCCCCCCCCGUCCCCUCCUGCACUCACCACCAGCCCGUGUCUGCCGCUGGCUCCCUGCAGAAGCAGAGAGAACAGAAGCCCAGAGAUCCCAGCACCCAUGGCUUCAGGGACUCCUGUAUGAGAAAUCCAAGAGGAAACGAAAUGUCCCAUCUGCCUGGAAUAUCUGACGGACCCAGUCACCAUACAGUGCGGGCACAACUUCUGCCGAGGCUGCAUCACUCAGUUCUGUGAGACACGGGAAGAGCAGGACUCUGACCCCUUGUGCUGCCCCAGCUGCAGAGCCCGAAUCCAGAAAGGGGCUCUCCGAAAAAACUAUCAGCUAGCAAAUAUAGUGGAAAAAAUCAAACAAAUGGAUUUCAAACCAGGAAAUGAGACUCUGUGUGAGAGACACGGCAAAGCCCUGGAUCUGUUCUGUGAAGAGGACGGGGAAGCCGUGUGUGUGGGUUGUUGGAGAUCCUCGGAGCAUAGAUCUCACACGGUGCUUCUCAUGGAAGAGGCUGCCCAGAAAUACAAGGAAAAAAUCCAGGCCGAUUUGAAGACUCUGAAGAAAGAGCGAGAAAAGCUGCUGGGAUUUAAAAUAACUGGAGAGAGAAAAUGCUGGGAGUAUCUGCAACAAACACAAAUCGAGAAGCAGAAGAUUGUGAUUGAAUUUCAGCAACUCCGGAAGGUCCUGGAUGAACAAGAGCACCUCCUGCUGACCCAGCUGGUAAAGCUGGAUGACGAGAUUGUGAGGAUCCGGGAUGAAAAUGUCAGUAAACUCUCCAAGCAGAUUUCCUAUCUCGGUGAGCUGAUCUGUGAGGUGGAGGGGAAGUGUCAGAAGCCAGUGAGUGAAUUCCUACAGGAUGUCAGAAGGACCUUGAGCAGGUGUGAGAAGGGGAAGUUCCAGCAGCCAGAGCAGCCUGAACUGGAAGAGCAAGUCAGUGGUUUCUCCAAGAAAACUACUGGGCUAUCGGAGGCUCUGGGAAAGUUCAAAGACACUCUGCUGUCUGAACUGAAGAGAAAAAUCAUUUUUCUUUCAAUUGGAGAGGGGGAAUCAUUUGGAGCACACAGAAAGGUGAAUGUGACUCUGGAUCCAGACACAGCUCAUCCCAACCUCGUCCUGUCUGAGGAUCGGAAAAGUGUGAGAAGAGGAGACAAACGGCAGGAUCUGCCCAACAACCCUGAGAGAUUUAGCACUGAGCUCUGUGUGCUGGGCUGUGAGGGAUUCACCUUGGGG